AUGGACCGUCAGAGAGACGCGCUCUUGGAUGAUGAGUUCUUUGACGAGAACAUUCCUCUUAAUGGAGGAGAGUCAGCCGCGCAUUCGGGGGUCGAUCCCCAUGCAAAUUUGCCAGUCUACCGCACAAUUCAUCGCAUUCGUCGAAUCAUCAUGACCAGCAUAGAUGAUCCAUAUACGCCAGAACAGCUACGGGAUCCGCAAAUGAAUAUGUUGAUUGUGAGACCCCUGGUUGAUCAACUAUACGAUCCAGGGGAUGUGUCUAUCGUUUACUGUCUUCUAGUCAAUCGAACGCAAUUUUUACGUGAGCAACACUAUCAAGGGCAUUUGCAGACUGUCAGUGUUACCCGCGCUGCCCUUUGUGAAAUCAUAGCUAGUCGGGUGUUUCGACGAUUUGACGAGGACAAUCCUGGCCAAGCAGGUCUUUUGCUACUUGCCAAUAUUCUGGUCGCGGGGUUCGAACCGUUCCAGAACGCACCGGAAUCUAUCGCAAGGACACUCCCGAACGCGCUGCAAUGGCCAGUACAGAAACGUGGAGGCUACGAGCGUAAAAUCACGGCUCUGGAAGUUGCCAUCAUAUCGGAAAGCAAAAUCUUGCUCAGCUCAUCUUCAUGUCAGAAGGUGGUCGAUGCUGUUUACCGUGGAAAGAUCAUCUACACACCUCUUUCAUUUGUCGACAUCAUCCCUGAUCAUUACAAGCAUCACCCGAUAUCCCUAUACAAUCCUCGUAACGCGCCCAUUCUGAAUCACUACCGCCUCAUAGUCCCACGGUUACGUAACAUAAUUGAAAUAUGCCAGUUCGCUCUCCUUCUGCUGCUCUACGGCCUUGCAAUGGUUUACCGUGAUGGGAUCAACAUAACCGGAUAUGAGGCAACCUUCUGUGCUUAUGCAAGUGGGUGGUUGCUCGAGGAAUUUGCAGCCAUCAUAGAGCAUGGGUGGUAUGUACACACACAAAAUGUGUGGUCCUUUCUUGACAUCGCAUUUUUUGGUAUCUACUCCAUCUAUCUCGCACUGCGAACGUAUGCCGCCGCCGUCGGAGAUGCGGAUAUGGCUGCUAGUGCUCUUGACAUCUUAUGCGUCGCAGCGCCCGUACUUCUGCCGCGACUGGCGUUCAACGUCAUGCCAGAUAACGUGUUCUUUAUCUCGCUGAGAGCCAUGAUGAGGGAUUUCUCUGUCCUGACAUUGCUGGCCACGUGGUGUUUUGCCGGCUUCUUUCUAUCCAUGAAAUGGCUGAUUGAUACUCGUUCCGAAAAUGUCGUCGAUUCGCCUGGCUCGGCCACUAUUACAAAGUGGAUGCUCUGGAUUUGGUUUGGCCUUGAUGGAACCGGAUUUGAGCGCUCGGUCGACUUCCAUGUCCUCCUCGGACCUGCUCUGAUGAUCGCAUUUGCCUUUCUAGGUAACACGCUCUUCCUGACCGUCUUGGUAUCCAUGCUCACCAAUACAUUUGCAAAAAUCGUGGACAAUGCGACGGCAGAAGUCCACUUUCGUCGAGCAGUACUCACUUUUGAAGGUGUCAAAAGCGACGCCAUUUUCGCCUAUCGGCCGCCGCUGAAUAUCCUUGCGCUAGUGAUUCUCUUACCUCUCAAGUUCCUCCUUUCGCCAAGAUGGUUCCACAAAGUCAACAUAGCAGCUGCAAGGUUUUUUAACGCCCCUUUGCUGUUGGCGAUUGCUCUCUACGAGCGGCACCAGUUGUGGCGGGCCCCAAAACACGACGCCAACCGAUCGUACAAACGAAGCUCACUCUUUCAGUGGACUUUCUCCGGAUUCUCUCCACACGGUGACAUUCAAGCUGUGUUUGAUACUGAACCCCCCAAAACUGUGUGCUGCCCGGCUACCUGA